UGUAGUAGUGCCUUGUCUUGCAGACGCUCUGAGUGUGCACAGAAGCCACUGUAACAAGCGCAGUGAUUUUCCUACAGCAACCCAACAGUAGGAGCUUCAGGGUGUCGCCGCUGGCAGCAUCUGUGGAUCACUUCUCGAGGUGCCGCAGCAGAGCUGUGUUCCGGGUGUUGCAGGCAGGCCGCAGCGAUAUGCCGGGAGCCGGCGGGCGUAUCAGGCUACCCUCACUGGGCACCGAGUCAACAACCUCCAACAGCAGCAGCCAAGGAAGCGGAGGGGUUUCGCAGCUGCAGAAGGAGCAGCACCGAGUUGUUGUCAUGGGGGCUGCUCGAGUGGGCAAGUCGUCUAUCAUAUCUCAGUUCCUCUACGACAAGUUCCUGCCGCGCUACAGGGAGACCGUGGAAGAACUUCACCGUGGCGAAUAUGAACUUCAGAACGGCGCCUCCCUCACCCUCGACAUCUUGGACACCUCAGGCGCCUUCCAGUUCCCAGCCAUGCGGGCGCUCUCCAUCUCUACAGCGGAUGCUUUUAUCCUCGUGUAUUCCAUUGAUGAUGCGGACACGUGGGAAGAAGUACGCAGGCUCAGGGAUCAGAUUCUGGAGUCAAGGGGAGUUCGAGUUCCCAUUGUUGUGGUUGGCAACAAGGUGGAUCUCGCGGAAAACGGGAGGCGAGCAAUAUCCCGGGAGAUAGCAGAGACCAUUGCCCUAUUCGACUGGGAAUGUGGCUACGUGGAGUGCUCAGCAAAGCAAAAUAUACGCAUUAUCGACGUGUUCAAGGAGCUCCUAGUUCAAGCAAAAGUCAGCUACAAUCUCAGCCCUGCCGUUCGGAGGCGCAGGCAGUCACUGCCAAACUACGUCACCGGAAGUGGCUCUACCAAAAGUAAACACGUGCUCAAGAGAAACUCUUGUACCGUAGCUUGAGCGUUUCUACAUCGAGGAUGAAGACGAAAGCAAAUGCCACUUUCCUCAUCUAAGGAAAGCAAUUGGUAUAAUUCUUUUAUAAUCCUUGAAACAGAGGAAAUUUUCACGCAGCUUCGGGAAGAGAACACGGGAAACAGGGAAUAUAGGUCAGAGAUAUAAGUAACGUAUAAGAGUAUUCAUGAGAAAGUUAUUGGUAAGUUGGUAGUCAUGGAUUUGGCGUGAUGUUAGCUAAGAUACGGCGUGUGAUGUAUAUGCCAACGGCAGCAGAAGACUAGGCUACUGCCAGUUGUCAAAACUGAAUGUGUAGUUUAAUGUAAAAGGAUGAUGAAACACGAGUUAUGCCCUUAGCGGUAAAAAGACACAAGCUUUUCACUUUUCCUUGCUGAAUUAUUAACAAAAGAAUCCAAUUUGUAUACGACAGCUUUUUCCAACCAUUUUAAUUUCGCGGAUUAACUGAGCAGUCCUUCAUAACCCUGCGGAUCAUCUUAUCUACUGCCUAUACCUACUCAAGUUAUCUACAUUUGGUAAGAGUAGUUGAAGAUUAAAGAUUUCUUGAAUUUGGCGCCAUGUCAUUCGUCAGAUAAGUACCGACUUUCAGAAGCAGGGCGCUGUCUGUGUGUUUAGUCAUAUAGCGAGGACUUAAUGUGUUACUAUUACUUGGAUAUGCAACCAAGAUUAUUGUCUUUUGGAUGUGACACCGUGGAUUAAUAUCUGUGUACCAUACACACGGCCUCACAUCACAGAAGACGGUAAUUUUAUCUCCGUCGUGAGAAAUUUAUCUCAUAAAAAUAUUUACUUCGAUAAAUGUUUUAUUUGGUAAUUUUCUAAUUUGUUAUCCUGUAGCCUAUACAUUACUUUGUCUGUUCACCUGAGUCGCCAACUGCUUUGCGGUAUCGCUUAAAAGAAAAUUUGUUCAAAAUUAUAUCUGUGAGAGAUUCAGCCCAAGAAAGAAAAACUAUAUUCAGUAGAAUUGUCCACGUACCACCUACAAAAUAUUUGCAGACCCAAAUUACCCCGCUGACUAUAGGUGAGAGACGCUGGUAUGCGCCCCAUAAUAACGCAUAACGCACAACGUUGAUGGAAAGCCACAAACGAAGUUUCAUUAAUAAGAGAUCUUAGGACAGUUUCCGUUCUCUGAACAUGUCCAAAUCUUAUUUACCAAGAAUAUUUUUAAUCCAUACAUCCCGUCUUUUGUGUCAGUCUCUAAAAGUCAGUGAGUGGUAUGUGUAUAUCUUUUUCAUUGGUUGCACCUGUUGUGUGUUCCAGAUAUGUAUAGGAGUUAGGUUAACCUUCAACACUACAAAUAUAUUCGCUUUUUAAUAUGUUUCAAUUCGAUCUUUAUUGCUGCUACAUUUUUCGGUCAUAUAAGACCAUCUAAGGCAUACAUAGGAUUAUGUCUAGUUGAAGUACCGAUAUGGAUCCAUACCAGUGCAACGUGUCGUAUUAUAUACUAACAUAAAAUUUUUGCCUCAAGUUGGUGUUACAAUUAAAGUAGACAUACAAAAGAUACUUUAAUUGUAACAUCACCUUGAGGCAAAAAUUUUAUAUUAGUAUACAUAUAAUAUGACAUGUUGCACUGGUAUGGAUCCAUAUCGGUAC